AUGGCGGAUUCAUCAUAUAUCGCGCCUGAAGCCAACAUGGCGCCGAGCUCCUCCCCGGAAACUGGUUUUUCGGUAGGAAGGACCGCCCUCGCUGGCCCAACUGGAGAGAGUUUCGGCCAGUAUCAGAUCCAAAUCUCCCGAAGCCCAAGCACGGAGUAUGAUCCGACCGGAGAUGGGAUCGUGGAAUAUUCACCUUCAGAGGACGAAGAGGAGGAAGCCGACGUCGACUCCUCAUCCUUGUACGAAAAAGAGUUGUUCGCUGCAAGCCCAUCUUCAGCAGGAAGUACACCUCCAACUGAGCACACCGCUUCAUCCGAAUUCACGACUCCGGUCAAGAAGACUGCCAUCAAGAGUACUCCGCCCAGCUCGCCUCCUACCAAGGUGAAGCUCGAACUCAAGGGAACGCCCCCAGCCCAAACCCAACAAUCCAAGAAGCGAUACCUCACGGCCUCACCCCAUAGGUCCCUCAAGAGUACAUCAUCAAAGCCAAUCCUGGUAGACUUCCACCCCCGCAACUCCAGCCUCGAGCAGAUCCAGGCCCUCAGAGCGCGCCUCGACAUGGGCGAGGAACUUGUCUACAAGACCCAGAACACCAUCGAUGCCCAACUCGGAGAUCUGAAAGACGAAGUCCGCAAAACUAACUUCGAGACGAAGAAGCGCCAGGACAAGCUCGAAGACCAGCAGGACCAGCUGGAGGAGAAACAAGAGGUGACCGACUCCCGCAGCGCCAGAAACGAGCGCCGCCUCGCAGAGGUUGAGAUCACCAUCGAGGAUGUCAUCGGCAAGCCCCCCAACCUGCCCGGCCUCUUCCCGCCUGGACACUCGUCGUACUUUAGUGGACCGACGAGUCCCAGCCGUCUUCCUGGAGCCUGGGGUCCAAGAAGCAGCCGCAGCUCGCGCACGUCGCGGACCGGCUCGGCGGCUCCCAUUCCCAGCAUCGAGAUGAGCGAUGCGGUCAAGCAUGCCAUGCCAACCUUGGGCGGCCGCUCUAGCUGCAUCGUGGACACAGCCUCUCCCCCGGAUCUGUCCCCUUCGAUAGGUUCCAAGAGGAAGUCUGCGGAACUGGAGUCUGACGACAAGGAUGCUGAGGCCCGAGGCGCGAAGAAGCAGAAGAAGAAGAUUUCCGCCAACACAACCAAGACCGCACCCAAGAAGACUACCACCCCGCCUCAGUCACUCAAGCGCAAGGCGGAGGAGGACCUCGAAGCGGACGACAAAGACACGGGGAAGAAGGACUCAGACGAUGAGGACACUCAACCUUCUGACAACAGGCCCGCCAUGAUGACGCCCGCCAUGAUGACUGUGAUGAUCCCGCUUUGCGGCUACGAGCCUAGAAAUCCUCCCCACCUUCCCAAGAAGACAGAUACAGCGCCCAAGGGCCAGAAGCGCAAAGCAGAAGAGGAGUUCGAAGAGGGCGGCAAAGAUGAGGGAAAGAAGAACCGAGACGAUGAGUCUGGCAAGAGGCCCAUCAAGAAGGUUAAGACGGCCAAGAAGUCCGGAGACGAGCCCAAACAGACUGUUACCACAUCCAAGAAGACGACUACAAAGCCUAAGGGUCAGAAGCGCAAGGCAGAAGAGGAGGUUGGAGAGGACGGCAAAGAUGAGGGAGAGAAGAUCGGAGACGAUGAGCCUGGUAAGAGACCCAUCAAGAAAGCCAGAACGGGCAAGAAGUCUGGUACCAAGCCCAAACAAACUGCGACCACAUCCAAGAAGACGACUACCAAGCUCAAGGGCCCGAAGAGCAAAGCAGAGAAGGCUCCGAAAGAGAACGAUAAGAAGAUGGAGAAGGAGGAUACUAAGGAGGAUACUAAGAAGGAUGCUAAGGAGGAUAUCAAGGAGGCAGAGGCUAAGCCGGAGGCAGAGGAGAAGAAGCCUGUCAAAGCUCCGAAGAAGAAAACUGCCAAGCCCGUCAAGCCGGCGGUGCCGGGAACGAGAACUGGCCUUCGCAGUCAGAAGAAGCAGGCUGCUGCUCCCGCGCGCCAUAGUCCCCGUCUGCUUCACCUUCUCGCAUUUCUCUUCACUGUGUCCUUGUCGUCAGACCCCACUUGCAAUGUUCUCAAGAUCUUUGCUUGUGUCCAGGACUCUGUUUUCCUCCUCAACAUCGGCGAUGUUGUCGUCAGCGUUACUGGUCUACUUCGCUCUCAUGGCCCCGUGCCCAUUCCUGCGCAUGAAACCUAG